CAGCCAGCAGAGGAACACCAGUGCUAUUCCACUUUUGGUACAUCCAGAAAAAAUCUACAAAUAUGGACAACACUUUGGCCCUCCUGUUUUCUCUGCUGUUCAUCUUUAGUGUGGGUACAGCUGCUCCUCUGCCAAUGGACGUAGUAAAUAUGAAAUCGAGAGUGAAAGUGAUUUCUGAAACGUUGCUUAGCAGGCUGAAAAAAGGCUUCCAGGAUCCACCUGGUCUGACUCCUGCUGAUGAUCUGGAUGGACUUUCCUCCACAGUGUACGUCUUGGAGGGUUAUAGAAGCCUGAUAAAUGACUCCGUCAAUGGGGCAAAACAGGUCAGGACUGACAUCUCUUCACUGACAGGCCACCUCAGACUGUGGAUGGAGGAGCAAUGCAGUGAGCAGCAGCACAAAGGUGUAGAGUCACAGACGCUGAAACUGCUGCAGAGUCGACAGGGGUUCACCCUCAGUGUGAGCCUCGAGGCUGUCAUGAGAGUGAAGGAGUUCCUCAAUCUGCUGCUAAAACGACUGGAUAAUCUUGAAUCUUGCUGAAAGAUAAAAAAACACGGGCCAAAUAUAUGUAAGUCGCCGGCCGCAUUUUUGGGAAAAAAUUGCCCACAUCUGGCAAAGUUGAACUUUUGCAAUGUGUUUUAAAGGAAAUGUAUUCUUGCACUUGUGUUUUUUAAAACAUAUGUAUUUAUUUAUAUACUUAAAAUAUGUUGUUUUGUAUUCAAACUAGGAUUUCUUAUUUAUCCACACAUUUCAAUGCAAACCGAUCAAUGCUUAGAAAAGAUAAAUACUUGCUGUGUUAUGACACCACUGUUGUAUCAACAAAGCGCUCUGUGAAAACGGUGGACCUUUGCAAUAAUUCAUUCAUGAAGCUGAAUCAGGCUGGCUGUAGCAGAGGUAGUGUCACAAAGGUCAGUGAUGUCAUCCCUAAAAUUGUUGUUUGUUUGAGAACUAAAAGCACAGGAUGGGCAAAGGGCAACUUUCAUUGAAAUGCAAUGUCAUAUAAUAUUAUAGACUUGUUAUUUAAAUCUAUAGAGGAUGAUUUUUGUCCAGACAUUUUGUAUUAAAACUGAAUAAAUAUUUACAGAAAGUCGUUUUGGGGAUAUGCAUGUUUGUCAGCGUGGUGCAAUCAGAAUGAAUGUAACAAGGAAUGUAGGCCAAGUAAAUACACAAAGUGGUUUGUGGGUGUUUGGUCUCUACCUACUCUUGUAUUCCAAGUAUUCCAAGGAGGAGUUAGUAUUAACAACAGGGACUGUUAUUUUAAACAAACAUGACUUGUAUUUAAAUGACUUGUGAAUGUGACAAAUAGGGAUUUCAUAUAAAAAAUAAAAGAUGAUAAUAAAACACCAA